AUGGAGAUCUCAAAACCCACAUCGCUAAUGAUGAUGCUUUUUGCAAUCAUGUUAUGUUUCUUGCAAGCCAAGUCACAAGGAGUCUACUGCAGUAACCCUUACGAACAGUGCUUCCAGAAGUACAUAAUGUGUCCGCAAGAAUGCCCCACCACCGGUGCCGCAAACUCCAUGAACAGAGUUUGUUACGUAGAUUGUAGUAAACCUCUCUGCAAUUCCGAGUGUCGCAGGUUGGGUCCAAACUGCUAUCACCCUGCAACGGGCUGUCACGACCCGGGGUUCAUAGCUGGUGAUGGGUUUGUGUUCUACUUCCACGGAAAAAGCAAUGAGCAUUUUAGCCUUGUCUCGGACACCGACGUUCAGAUCAAUGCUAGGUUCACUGGCCACAGACCCGCUGGACGUUCUAGAGACUUCACUUGGAUCCAAGCACUUGGCCUCCUUUUCAACUCUCAUAACUUUUCCCUUGAGGCCACCAAAGUGGCCACUUGGGCCGACGGCAUAGACCAUCUCAGAUUCUCUUACGACGGCCAAGAUUUAGUUAUCCCCGAGGAGAUUCUCUCCAGAUGGUACUCGCCCGAAAAGGACAUCAAGAUCGAGAGAGCUACAAAAAUGAACAGCGUGACCGUGACGAUCAAAGACAAAGCAGAGAUCAUGGUCAACGUGGUUCCUGUGACUAGAGAAGACGAUAGGAUACACAAGGACCACAACUACAAAGUAACUUCGAAUGACUGUUUUGCGCAUCUUGAAGUUAAGUUUAGGUUUUUGAACCUAUCCCCAAAAGUAGAUGGAGUCUUGGGACGCACUUAUAGGCCCGGUUUUCAGAAGCAGGCCAAGCGUGGAGUCGUAACGCCUAUGGUUGGAGGCGAGGAUAAUUUCAGGACAUCUUCUCUACUCUCUCACGACUGCAAGACUUGCGUAUUUAACGGAUUAAGUGGCUCGAUCCGAUGGGAGACCGAGCACGCACUAUUGGAUUGCACUCGUGGGGCAUCUUCCGGAUACGGAAUCAUUUGCCGGAAAGAAUGAUCCUAAACCUCAC